AUGAAUUAUUUUGAAAACAAUUAAGACACUAAAAACUAAAACUUAUCUCACUAACUUACCGAGAGAUUAAUUCCAAUGGAUAAUGAAGAAAAACAGCUCUUAUUAACUGAUUCUAGUCAAAUUUAAUUGCAGUAGCCAAAAAACGAGACUACUUUUACAAAGACACAACUAUUCUACAUAUUUCUCGGGCUUAUUAGCAGUCUUUUUAUGGGUGUUAACAACUUCUUGAGUGAAGUGAUAGUUCAAAGAGGUGAAUCUAAUUUUAGAAUAAUCUUCGUCCAAGGUAUCCCCUUAGUAGUAUUUUUCAUUGCUUACUAUUUAAACUUGAUGAUAUCUAGUAAUUAUGAAAAUCAAAGAAACAUGAACUCAUAUAGAGAUAUUUAUGGUAGUUUAGACACAGAGUUGAUAUUCUGCAUUGUUGGAAGAACUUUACUAGUAUUUGCAGAAUAUGUCAACUUUAUGAUGAUAAUAUCAUUUUCUCUUGCUGUUUAAAUAAAUCCCUCAUUAACACUUUCUAUUGUUUCAGUAGCUGCAUUUGCAACAGCCAUACUAUUCAAAUACUAUUUCAAUGAAUAGUUGAAUAGGAAUAACUGGAUCGGGAUCGUAUUCAUUGUAUUAUCGAUUAUUUUUAUCUCAAAUAGAGAUAGUCCUGAUCAAAUAAACACCAACAGCUCAUCUAAUAGUCACUUCACUUUUAUUCAAUUAGCAAUACCUAUUGCUUUAGCAUUAGUAUAGGCAAUAAUUCACGCUGUAUCUACUUUAUUUUUGAGAAUAGCCACAACUAAAGGUUUCAGUCCUUAUAGAUUUACUUCUGAUACUAUGUUUAGUCUAGGAAUUAUCUCAACAGUUAUGGCCAUUUAUGAGAAUUUCAAUGUUACAAAAUAUGAUUAGUUAACCUUUUUCACUAUUUUAUCUGGGUCAUUUCUAUUUAUAUUUGCUAUUUUGAUGUUAAAUGUUGCUCUUGCAAAAGGUAAAGCUGGACCAAUACAGGCUAUAAUUUAACUUCAAGUGCUAUUUCAGCUUUUGCUUGAGAUUUUGUUCCUUAAUCUUACUCCUAAUGUUUCAUAAUUUGUAGGUUUUGGCAUUGGAAUGAUAGGAAUUAUUAUUCUAUCCUUCGCAAAUUAAUGA